CCCUUGACGAAGGCAUCGCGGAGUCCUCCCGCCCCAAGUAAAGCGCAGCUCGGUGCCUGCACACUCCCCUUCCCCUUCUCUGCCCAUAUAUACCACUCCCUUCUCAUCCUGCUCGGCACGCUCACUGGCACACACACGGACACACCACACGCGCGCACGGUGCACGAACACAACUGAUUCGAACUGCUAGCUAAGCAUGGCGAGCGGCGGCUACUACUACGACCAGAGCGCGGGCUACGGCGGCGGCGGCGGCUCGGCGGCGCCGUUCCACCUCCUCGUGUUCCUGGGCACCGUCGCGCUGCUGGGCGCCACGUCGCUCUACUCGCGCUACGAGUCCGCGGUGGAGAGCCUGGUGGACCAGGUCCGGUUCGCCGUCGUGCUGUCCCCGCUGCUGCUCCUGCUGGCCGUGCAGUACUGGGCGGCCACGGCCGGGUCGCGGCGGCCGCGGGGCGGCGCGCUCUCGUCGCUGCUGGUCGGGGACCAGCCCUCCUUGUACGCUGGCGCCGGAUGGGGCGGCCAGCACCACCAGCGGGAGGGGCCGUCGUCGUCGUCGCCGUGGGGCGUGGCGCUCGCGCUCGCCCUCGUCCUGCUCCUCGUCUCCUACCAGUCCUGCUUCCAGGACCUGUGGUUCCCGCUGGUCAAACGCCGGUGAUCGAGCUCAGUCCAAGCCUUGCAGGCGGCAUCACAAGCUUCCUGCAGUGCUGCUCGAUCGCGCGCGCCGCGCCGGAGAUGGGGAAGAAUCACCAGCUAGCAUCUAGUAGGAUGCUCCUGUUAGCAGAGCAGUGGAGGCGGUGUGAUUUCGACAAACACACUUGCUAGCUGGUAGCUACGUGACUACUUAAACGUAUUUAGAGCGGAUUUAUUUCGAUGGACAGAUUGUCAGUUAGUUCAUCUACACAGACUGUGAUCAGUAGUAGUAUAAAGUGUAAUUACUUAAUGUAAUGAUAGAUACUGAAUAAUAUAAUAAUAAAGAAAAUGGCAGAAAAUUCUUGCAUCUGUCAAAUGCUGUAUACUCCUUUAUAGUAGUAGUAGUAGUAUAUACGCCGUUCUAUAUACGUUUU